AGUGACGACGCUCGCUCAGGGGAAGCGAGGGCCAUGGCACUUGCCCAGGGUCCGCUGGAGAUGGCAACCCGCUCGCUCACCACCUGAGAGGAGCUUUGAGGACGACUCGAUGCCCGAAGGUGCAAGCGAGGCGCCGGGGCUCCGCUGGGCCCCGCCUUUCUAAAGCAUUUCUUGGAGCCGGCCACGCUUUGCCCGUCGGGCGCCCCUCCCCGCGCCACGUCCUUCCCCAGAAGCCAACAACUCCUCCUCCCCGCCAGCUGCAGCGGCAGCAGCUUCCCUCGCGUCCUUCCUCUCGCAGCGAUGAGGCUCUCUGUCCUCCGUCGCCUGGUGUGGAGACCGGCGACACAGGCUGCAGCCAAGCACGGCGGGAAGAAGGUCGGCUGCGGGGCUCUGCCUCCGCUGCGCCCUGGAAGCGGCUGCCCAGGCGCGCUCCUGCUCCCCCGGGGCAUCUGCGGCACGUGGGGCCGCCUGGACAAGCAGCGAGGGUCCGGCAGCAGAGGGCAACGAAGCUCGGCGGCCAGUGAAAUCAUUGGGAGUUCAAGGAAAGCCCUGAAUUUACUGCAGAGACAGCAUCCUACAUUUAAACCUGCACUUGCUGUUGUACAGGUUGGCGAUGAUGAUCUGGGGCAAGAAAUUAUCAAAAACAUUGCUGAAGAGAUUGGCCUGAAUAUUGUUCAUAUUUGUCUCCCUCGCAACUAUACUGAACAUGAGGUUAUAGAUGAAAUUGUAAAGCUCAAUGAGAAUCCUAAAAUUCAUGGUCUUCUCCUUCACCUCAGUAAAGAGUCAUACACAAGCAAAAUACUGAAUGCUGUGAAACCAGAGAAAGAUGUGAAUGGAGUAACAGAUUUUAACUUGGCAAGGUUGGUGCAUGGAGACAUGCAUGGAUGUGUGAUUCCCCCCACUGCUAGUGCUGUGGUCAAGCUUCUGGAAAAACUAGCAUGUACUACCCUAGAUGGAAAAAAGGUGUUACUUUUGGGAGUUCAAGGACCUCUAGAAGUCUCUUUGCAGUGCCUUCUUCAAAGAAAAGGGGUCAUGACUAUGAGUUGCAUGUGGAAAAUGAAGCAGCUUCAGACCAUGCUUCAUGAUGCUGAUAUGGUGGUAGUGGGUAGUGCCAAACCGAAAGAGAUUCCAGCUACUUGGAUGAAACCUGAGAUGACCAGUGUGGAUUGUUCACGUGACAUUUUAUGGGGACAAAAUGCUUCUGGCGAACAGUCAGUUAGGAGCAGUGACUCCCCUCUGAGUGAGGAUAUAGGUCAGCUGGCAGUGGCAAUGUGCAUGCAGAACUUUGUAAAGAUCAGUGAGCAGUGGAUACAGACCCAACAGUAUAAGAGCUGGAAUCUUCGCUGCUUAAAGCUGCAAACCCUUUCACCCGUUCCCAGUGAUAUUGAGAUUUCCCGAGGACAGAAUCCAAAAGCUGUUGAUGUCCUUGCUAGGGAGAUAGGAUUGCUUACAGAUGAAAUUGAAAUCUAUGGCCAAACCAAAGCCAAAGUACGUCUGUCCCUGCUGGAAAGGUUAAAAGAUCAACCAGAUGGAAAAUAUGUGCUGGUUGCUGGGAUUACACCAACCCCACUUGGAGAAGGAAAGAGCACUGUGACAAUUGGCCUCGUUCAGGCUCUGACAGCCCACCUUAAAGUAAAUUCCUUCGCCUGCCUGAGGCAGCCUUCUCAAGGACCUACAUUUGGUGUUAAAGGUGGAGCGGCAGGGGGCGGGUAUGCUCAAGUCAUCCCAAUGGAAGAGUUCAAUCUUCAUUUAACUGGAGAUAUUCAUGCCAUUACUGCAGCAAAUAAUUUGAUGGCUGCUGCUAUAGAUGCAAGGAUUCUGCAUGAAAAUACUCAGUCUGAUAAGGCCUUAUAUAAUAGAUUGGUUCCAUUAGUUCAUGGAGAGAGGAAAUUUUCAGCCAUUCAGCUUGCACGCCUGAAAAGGCUGGGAAUAACAAAAAUGGAUCCUGACUCAUUAACAGCUGAUGAGAUUAGCAGAUUUGCAAGACUAGACAUAGACACAUCCACGAUAACAUGGCAAAGAGUGGUAGAUACAAAUGAUCGAUUUCUUAGAAAAAUAACAAUUGGACAAGCAAGCACAGAAAAGGGAUUUUCCCGUCAGACUCAGUUUGAUAUAGCUGUUGCAAGUGAAAUCAUGGCAAUCCUAGCGCUGGCCAGUGGUCUGUCAGAUAUGAAAGAAAGAAUGGGGAAAAUUGUAGUUGCUAACGACAAAAAAGGGCAACCAGUGACAGCAGAGGAUUUGGGAGUAACUGGUGCUUUGGCAGUUUUGAUGAAGGAUGCAAUUAAACCAACACUGAUGCAGACAUUAGAGGGAACCCCAGUUUUUGUGCAUGCUGGGCCUUUUGCAAAUAUUGCUCAUGGUAACUCUUCGGUUUUGGCAGACAAAAUUGCCCUUAAAUUGGUUGGCAAAGAAGGAUUUGUAGCAACUGAAGCUGGUUUUGGUGCUGAUAUUGGGAUGGAGAAAUUCUUCAACAUCAAAUGCAGAGCUUCUGGCCUGGUUCCCAGUGUGGUUGUGCUUGUUGCUACAGUGCGGGCUUUGAAGAUGCAUGGAGGUGGGCCAAAUGUGACAGCUGGUGCCCCUCUUAAGAAAGAAUAUACAGAAGAGAAUCUCAAGCUGGUAUCUGAUGGCUGCAGUAACUUACGGAAACAAAUUGAAAUUGCCCAGCAGUUUGGUGUUCCAGUUGUAGUGGCUCUCAAUGUUUUCAAAACGGACUCUCCUGCUGAGAUUGAUUUAGUCUGUGAGAUUGCCAAGCAGUCUGGAGCUUCUGAUGCAGUGCCAUGCAGUCACUGGUCAUAUGGGGGCAGAGGAGCUGUGGAAUUGGCUCAGGCUGUAAGAAGAGCUGCCAGUCAGCAGAAUAGCUUCAGAUAUCUCUAUGACCUAGAGCUUCCCAUUGUUGAAAAAAUAAGAAUGAUAGCACAGAAAAUCUAUGGAGCAGAGGAUAUAGAGCUGUCUCCUACAGCACAAUCUCAGAUAAAUCGUUACACUCAGCAGGGAUUUGGAAAUCUUCCCAUUUGUAUGGCAAAAACUCACCUGUCCCUCUCUCACAUGCCUGAGAAGAAAGGUGUCCCCACUGGCUUCAUCCUGCCUAUUAGUGAUGUGAGAGCCAGUAUCGGGGCUGGUUUCAUUUAUCCACUGGUAGGAACGAUGAGUACAAUGCCAGGAUUGCCUACAAGGCCUUGCUUCUAUGACAUUGACCUGGACCCUGAAACAGAACAAGUCAAGGGGUUGUUUUAAUAAAAGCACAAAAAUAAGACUUCUGCAGCUUCCAUGUUUUCCUGGAGUAGGACAAGCAUGAAUUUGAAGAAUGCCUAUCAUGUAUCUCUGCAACAAUAUUAGAAUACACCAAAGCAAAUAAAUAUAAUAUUUCUUGAAACCUUUCUGUAAUAAAAAACCAAAGCAAGAACUUUUUAAAUAAACAAAACAAAACAGUACUAAUUUAUUGUAAAGUGGCAGUGUUAAGGAAUGUUUUUCAAGACAUGAUAUUGCCUGCAUUCUAACUAGUGAGUGUAGGUAGGGGGAAAUGAUACAGAAAUACCUUUUCCACUUUUAAAGAUUUCGAUUCACUUGUUAAGAUGCUUUACCUCACUUGGGUCAGCCUAGAAAAUCAACAUUAAAAGAAUAAUGCUGUCUGAUGCAGUUUAAUGCAUUUUAUGGGGUAUAUACUGCAGCUUCUUGAAUUCAACAGCUGUAGCACCAAGCAAAAUUAUCUGGGAAUGUCUGCGCUACCUUUCAGUGUUACCUACUGGGGUUGGGGGAAGCUAGGAUUUCAAAUGCAGGAUCUCUCAUUUCAUAAAAUAGCCCAGGAAUUUUAUAUAAAUUGAAAAUAAGUGUUGUUGUUUUCCCAUGUGGCCAAACAGCUGUGAAAUGUUCAUAACUUCAUGUAUCUCACUGUUAUUGCUCUUUGGAAAUGAGUUCAAGUUUCUGGCUUACUGCUUUGUACUGUCCUCAAUAUACCAAAUGCCAACAAGCUUUCUUUCUUUUUACAGCCAAUAGAAGUAAAUCUUUAUGUGUAAGCCUGCAACUCUCACUUCUAAAAAAUGUACAUAGGUUCAGUACAGUAUUGGGUUUCUGAAAGAAGCUUUGCCCUUUUUUGGAUAGUACUUUAACAUAACUGUACGUACUGCGUUAUAGUGUUAGGUUAACAGGAGGAACCAAAAUACUAUUGUCUAUUGGAUGAUGUAUUUGCUGCUGCUUCUAGUCAGCAGUUGGCACUGUCAGUCAAGUAUCCAGUGCUCUGUAAGUAGAACAGCAUAUAUGCAAGGGUACCACUCAUUCUCUCUUUCCUACUGUGCCCCCCCCACAAAAACCCUCUCUUGAGGAACCAGGGACACUUGGGGGGGACUGGAAAGUGCAAGAAGUCAGUGCAGUAGAGGGAAGAAUUGGAGAAUGAGAGCUUGCAAAAGUACUGUAGCUUUUGCAAGCUACCUCAAUCAGAUUUUAAGUUCUCCCAUCCUAUUGCAGCACAUCCUAGGUCUUUCCUUGGUGAUGUGCUUAGGAAGCUGCAGUGAAAAGGAAGGCUUGGGAAGCCUCCUUGCAAGAGCAGACAUCUAGCACUGGAUUAAAAUACCAUGAUACCUUAGUUUGGAUGUUACAAAUCUGGAGCCCUAAAUCUAAAUUGCAUUGACAUGAAGUUUAUACUGACAGGUUGUUAACAGAACACACUAUUUUGACAGAUAAUUUGGGAAUGUUUCUCAAAAUCAUUUUUCAUGAUUAUUAUUGGUGUGAGUGAUAGCAUGCACAGUAUUUCCCUUCCAACAUCUAUUGCAUAUUGAAAACAGUUUGAUUGCAUUAACUCCAGGCAGGCACCGCAGUCUUCCUUUCAUUCAGCAAUCCAUCCCACACAAUUGUCUGAAAUCUGGUAAACAUAUGACAAGUGCCUGAAAAUAAACUCAAUUUUAAUCCUCAAAAA